UGACACUGAAGCUUCUCAACACGCUGUCACAACGGGCCAUUGCCUCAAAAUGUAAGAUCAUCGUUUAGUGAUAAUGGCUUCGCUCCAUUUCCUUUCGCUCUCCCUCCAUUCAGUUCUGUUCUCAUAUCAGUACUUGUCGUUGAGAUGGUUUUGACAUAUACAACAACAAAAGUCCUCAUACCACACCCUCGAGAAAAGGACAUUGAAUUUACUGGGAUACUGGAACAUGUAACGCCUGCCAGCGCCGGCGACUAUAAUCCGGAUCGUCGAAUGGCUCUGAUUGUCCAUGGAAUCCUUGGGCAUAAGGACUACCUAUACCAGAAACGUCUAGCGCGGCGCUUGCCGUUUCAUUCAUUCCGCUUCGACUUUCGCGGAAAUCAUGAAUCUAGUGGAGAAUCAGGCUCCCUUUUGACCGAUGUCGCCGACCUUCAGAUAAUUUAUGACUAUGUGACUAAGAAACUCGGAUACGUUGUCGAUGUUAUUGUGGCACAUUCCCGUGGAGCAAAUACAUCGUUCCUCUGGAUGUGCACAUCUCCUGAUGCAGCAGGUGUUACGCGUUUAGUCAGUGUUUCUAGCCGAUUCGCCUUCAUGAAGAUCCGAGACACCUUGAACGAGGAGCAGAAGAAAAUGCUUAGUGAGACCGGCUAUUACUACAUGAAGGGUCUUGUUGCUGGAAAGAGAUCCGUAGUACAGAUCCCAGGAUCUGAUCACGAAAUUAACUUGGCAGAGGAGGCAAUCAACUUCCCAGCUACUACGCACGUUCUCACAGUACAUGGGCUGGCCGACCUGAAUGCUCCCGCUUAUGAGGCGGUACUCUUUGCUCGGACCGUGGAAGCGAGAACUCCGGGAACACACAACCUAUGCUUUGUAGAGAAUGCAGACCACAACUUUGUUGGAUGCACAGAGGUCAUCAUCGGUGUUAUUCUGGAAUGGUUGGCAGUUGGGGAUCGCAAAGAGUUGAAGACAGGACUUUGGCAUAUAGGCUUGAUGACGAAACUGUGAAUCGUGAAGAGAUACUCAAGAGUUCGACGCUACCUGCUCGGCCGCAAUCUCUACACACUCAGUAUGAUUCCUUUGUAACUGCAAUGGCUAUUGCAGCCCAGGCGUUCUCAGGUGAUGUAACAGUUAGUGACCAUACUACACCACUCAGCAUCUAUGAGAAUGUCAAGGUCAAAUUCGACUUUGCACUUGUGCUCUUCUGGGACCGCGUCUUGUGCAAGGGGACUCCAGCGUCUUGCGGAGCGUAAAAGGACCUCUGUGCUCCGAAAUCCAAGUCUUUUGAAUAUCGUGAAGAUCUUUGAGGUCGAUUUCCCGGAGAAGACGUUGUUCUAUCAUUUCUCCCGAGAAGCAAGUUAUCACCUCCACGGCUUCGUCUGUCUGACUUCC